GGUCACACAAAAUAUCGGAGCUCACGUCGUCAUCUUGUGGACUGCGCCGCUUCACAGCCCAUCUUAACCGACGGAUGUAUCAAAAUACUCGACGGAUAAAAGUGCACGGUAUUUGACAUAUCUCAAAAGAAUAAGGGUCGGGUGUUUAAUUGUAAUUAUAAGGUUAAAUGCUCCAUAUGACAAUGUGCCUCCACAGUACGCGAGCGAGCUAGCUCGGUCUGUGUUAGCAUUGUUAGCAUUAGCAUUUAGCAUUGUUUAGCAUCCAAGCCCCGGGUUCAAUGUGAGCACAAAGGCUGUGCUCCAUCUUCUCUUCAGAGCAAUGUUUCCGUCUUGGGGGAAUUACGGUGCACCGCCAUCGCAGAACUAUGGAGGGCCUGGACCUCGGAAAAUGCCUGGUGGAGGCCACGUUGGUCCGCAGGCGGGAUACGGCGGCCUACAGGCCCCGCAGGGUGGCUCUCUCUUCUCCAGCCUGCAGGAGCAGCACCUCCAGCAGAUGCAGCAGCUGCAGAUGCUCCACCAGAAGCAGCUCCAGACGGUGCUGCACCACGGCAAUGCGGCUCCACCUUACGGCGGAGGACACCAGGACGGGUUUCCAGCACCACCGUCGUGGCAAUCAACAGAACCGAGCAACUUGGACGGCGAUGGGGGCAACCAGCCUCAUUUAAAAGGCGGGGGCCCGUUACCGACACCACCUGACCUGUCGAAGCCGCCGCAGACUGAGUCUCAGCCGGCUCCCCCUCCAUCCGAGCCCCUGUCAUCGAAGCUUCUCGAUUCCAAUGCUGCUCUUAAGGCUAACGAUGGGAAAACGCAGGAAGACGACAAAUCGUCUUUGCAGAAUCAGCAGCAACUUUGGUACCAACAACAUCUUCAGAACCUGCACAAGUUAAGGCAAGAGAAACAGAACCAAAAAGAUGCCAACCUUGCUAUGUCGCAGACAGCACCACCCAAUUGCCAAGGCAAACAGCCUCCACCUCCAACAGAAACACCAAUUGGUGCGCCGCCUCCGCCCCCUCCUAAGGAGGAGCCCCCAGCACCACCUCCACCUCCAGAGCCGGAGUCAAAGAAAGACUCAGAAGAGAAUGUCCGUCUUCAGCAGUUACAGGCUGCGGCAGCUCAAUGGCAGCAGGUUCAGCAGCAGAGAGUAAGCCUACAUUACCAGGCUCUUAUGCAACAGCAUGAGAGUCUUCAGAAGAUAUUGGAAAAAUAUCAGCAGCUAAUUCAGCAACCUCCAAACCUACAGACAAUGUCAAAUGAAAUGCAGCUGAGGCAUUAUGAAAUACAAAAGCAGCAGUUCACUCCUCUUUACCAAGACUGGGAAAAUUCCUUCAGGUUGUGGUUCGAGCAGUUCCAAACGUAUCCUCACAAAGACCAGCUGCAUGACUACGAGCACCAGUGGAAGCAGUGGCAGGAUCAGAUGAAUGCCACCAAUGGCCACCUUUUAGAGAGGAUCGCAACGCUCACUGCAAUGGUGCCGUAUGCUGCAAGCCAAUAUAAUAAUGUCGUUAUGGGGCAAUAUGGAGCAUACCCUGGACAGGACAUGCAAAUGCAGCCGCCACCAGUAAAUGCAGGUAUGCAGUCGACCGCGGUUGCUGCCGGUCCCACACCCCAGGGGCAGCCGCCCCCACCAGUACAACAACAUGCAGGCGGACCCCCUCCUGCAGGCGGACCCCCUCCUGCAGGCGGACCCCCUCCUGGAGUCGGACCCCCUCCUGGAGUCGGACCCCCUCCUGGAAUCGGACCCCCUCCUGGAGUCGGACCCACAGGUCAUCCAAAUAUUCCACCGCCAAACUUCAACAACAUUGGGGGUCCAUGUGUAAACACCCCUGCUUUCAAUCAGGCACAUGUGCCAUUUGAUGGAAGGCCGAGAUUUGAUCAACCCACACAACAUUUUGACCGCCCCCCUCCAUUGACUCAACUUCAACCCACACAGCAAUUUGAUGGUCCCCCUCGCUUUGAUCAACCAUAUCAGCGUUUUGAUGGUCCUCCUCGCUUUAACCAACCAGUGUCACACUUUGAGGGUCAUCCCCAAAUUGACCAUGCCGGUCAGAAUUUUGGUAAUCCCCCAAGAUUUGACCAUCCAUUAAGAAAUAACCCACUCCGAUUUGGUAAGCAGUCGAGAUUUGAUCAGCCCCCAAAACAGACUGGCCCAACAGUGCCCCCACAAAAACAACCGGAAACUCUGACUCAAGGAGAGCAAAUUCCCAAACCACCUCUCAAUGUGGCUUCUUCCUUACACCCUAUCAAGAAGUCUGAGUCUGAUCAACAGAGGGGAAACUCUAAAUGUAUAACUAUGAAAGAUACGACGGAUGAUGUGGUUCAAAGUGAUGGAUUUUUUAUCCCCACGGAUCCAAUACCGCAAACCAAGUUUCCAGACAAAAAUGAUGAUCCUGAAAAUACUUCUAAUAUCGGAAAUCCCAAACCUUUAGUAACCAAGUCUACUAACCUUGAAUCUAAACAAACCAAUGCACCAAAUUUCCCCAAACCAGAUGGACCGUUGAAAAAUGGCAACAACCCCACAGUGGCACCAGAGAAAAGACAAGAGACACCACCAUCCAAAACAGGACCUCCAAGGCCUCCCCUGGGUAAAGUCCCUGUGCUAGGUGCGGGACGAGGUCAACCCCCGGUCUCUGUCCAAGGUGCGGGACGAGGUCAGCCCACUGUGUCUGUCCAAAAUGCGGGACGAGGUCAGCCCCCGGUGUCUGUCCAAGGUGCAGGACGAGGUCACCCCCCGGUGCCUGUCCAGGGUGCAGGACGAGGUCAGCCCCCGGUGCCUGUCCAGGGUGCAGGACGAGGUCAGCUCCCGGUGUCUGUCCAGGGUGCAGGAAGAGGUCAGCCCCCGGUGUCUGUCCAAGGUGCAGGGCGAGGUCAGCCCCCAAUGUCUUUCCAAGGUAGAGGACGGGGUAAUGAGCAGAGGGGGCAUGAAGACUUUAGAGGACAUAGCAUUGUACCCCCUAAAGGGCAGAUUAAUGAAGUGUCUCAAGAUUUUAUGCCACCUGAGGAAGAAGAAUUUGUGCAGGAGCAACAAGACUACCAAUGGCAGGAUCCUUCAUUUGAGGAGUUUGGUGGUGAGGUGUCUGAGGCACCUGAUGAGGAAAUGUGGAUGCCUGAGGAUCAUCACUUCCAAACAGAAGAGGAAUAUUAUGAAGAACCAAUGCAAGGACAUCCUAUGGGAAGAGGGGGGUUCUCGAUGAUAAGAGGACGUCCCCCUAUGGGCCGAGGAUGUGGACCCAUGGGUCGAGGGGGUCUUCUUUUAGGCAGAGGAGGACCACCAAUGGGCCGAGGAGGACCUCCAAUGGGCAGAGGUGGGCUGCCUAUGGAUAGAGGAACUCCACCCAUGGGACGUGGAGGUCCACCCAUGGGACGUGGAGGACCACCCAUGGGACGUGGAGGUCCACCCAUGGGGCGCGGCGGUCCACCCAUGGGACGCGGAGGUCCACCCAUGGGGCGCGGAGGUCCACCCAUGGGGCGCGGAGGUCCACCCAUGGGGAGCGGAGGUCCACACAUGGGGCGCGGAGGUCCACCCACGGGGCGAGGGUUCCCCCCCAGAGGCAGAGGGUUCCCACCCAUGGGGCGAGGGGGCCCACCCAUGGGCCGAGGCGGCCCACCCAUGGGACGAGGAGGCCCACCAAUGGGACGAGGAGGUCCACCCGAGGGAGGGGGAGAACAAAUGGACAGUCAAUGGGAAGAAACCGAGACAGACGAGUACUACAAAGAAGAAGAAGAGGCUUAUUGGGAAGAGGGUAGACCUCCAAUUAGAGGAAUGAGACCCCCAUUUCCACCUGGCCGUGGUCGUCCUGGGUUCAUGCAUCGGGGACGAGGGCCACCGUCUCAUUUAGCACACGGUCCAAUGGAUGAGGAGUCAUUUGGUCAUGACACUGAUGAUAUGGAAAUAGAUCCAUCAGAACAUUACAUGAAUGACCCUCAUAACUUCCCAAUGCACCCAGGUGGAGGAAGAGGCAGACGGCCUCCACCACCCCAUGAAGCAAUAGGUCCUGACGGGGAGUCAUUUUAUAAUGAAGAAAUUGAGGGUGAACAGGGUUGGCUGUCACCCCAUGGGAGACCUCUAAUGUCACAUGAAGUUAUGGAAAGGGGUGGAAUGAGGAGAAGGCCGAUGGGACCUGGUAUGGCAAGAGGUAUGAUGCGGUCAGGUUCUUCACAUGAACAUGAAGAGGGAUACAGUGAGGUUUAUGUUGAGGACUAUGGUCAUGGAGAAGCUCGCUGGGGGCCACCGCAUCCUGAUGAAACUCAACAUGAGGCCAGGUUCUUUGACUCUAAAUGGGACCGAGAGCGACCCUCACCGGAACAGGACUUUCCGCAACACUUGCCUCCCUCCGAGCGCUUCAGGGAAGACCGUUGGCCUGAUGACAGAGAGAGAGGUCCUCAAUAUCCGUAUGAUGAUGAAUACGACAGAAGUAGAGGCGACAUUAGAAUCCGGCACUUCUCGGACGAGCCUCUGAAAGACUCAUCACAGCUUCCUCCAGAAUGGGAUCGGCCUUCAAGACUUCACCCGCCAUCAGAAAGAAUGUAUCCCUCUUAUGGUGAUCACAGGGACGAACCUCCUUUGGACAGGCCUCCACACCAUGAACCUGUUCAAAACUUGCCAGAAAGCUCUAUUGAUUUAGCAGCACAAGGAGCAGGCGGAGGAAACGUGCUUGCUCUUUCCCAGCGGCAACAUGAAAUCAUCUUGAAAGCAGCUCAAGAACUUAAACGCAUAAGGGAACUGCAGGAGUGCAAGCCUGUUGAUGUUGAAUCCCAGCCUGCACCAGCAAACACAUUACCUGAGCUCCCCGCAGGGCUCCUCGGUUUGGAGAUCCCACCAGAAGUCAGAAAUGCUCUAAAGGGCAUGACUGCAGCUGGUCAGACAACUUCAUCUUGGGAUACUAAUCCUGCUGCACCUGCAGUAAUUCCAAAGACUGUGGAAUACGGGCACGGACACGAGCUCAGUGGCACUGUUGAGCGGAUAGCUUACGGCGAGAGAAUUGUAUUGAGGCCUGACCCAGACAGGGGAUAUGAAAAAGAGCCUUUCCGAGAUCCUUAUGGCAGGGAUCCAUACUAUGACAGACACUCGGACCCUUACAUGGACCGCCGUGAGUACAGCCGAGAAAGAGAGCUCUACAGAGAAAAACCUCCACCUGAAUACGAAAGAGAAAGAUUUGGGAGGGAACGCUAUCCACCAAGAGAGCGAGAUGGAAGAUCUCCACUGGCACAGCAUCUUCGUCCAGGAUACAGAGAGCGAGACCGUGACUUUCACGAGAGAGACAGAAGUGGAAGCCGUGAUCGAGAAGACCCUUUUGGCAGGCCCAGUUAUGAUAGACCUCCCUAUGAGCGCUCUACCCUCGACCGUGGGCCUGAACGCUAUAGCCAUGGUUCUUCCCCAUUCGACAGAAGAGGUUACCCGGAGGAUAGAGGGCCCCCAACUGUGCCACUUGCACCCCCACCUCAACCACUGCCACAAGUCGAAAAGAAGCCUGAAAUUAAGAACGUGGAUGAUAUUCUUAAACAACCUGGAAGGAAAUCCAGGCCAGAGAGGAUUGUCAUCAUUAUGAGAGGGAUUCCUGGCAGCGGAAAGAGCCAUGUCGCAAAGCUCAUACGGGACAAGGAGGUGGACUGUGGCGGUGCCCCACCGAGAGUUCUGGUUUUAGACGACUAUUUCAUGAGCGAGGUUGAAAAAGUCGAGAAAGACCCAGACACGGGUAGAAGGGUCAAAAGAAAGGUCCUCGAGUACGAGUAUGAGCCGGAAAUGGAGGAUACCUACCGAAGCAACAUGCUAAAGACUUUCAAGAAAACCCUGGAUGACGGCUUUUUCCCUUUCAUCAUAAUAGACACUAUUAAUGACAGGGUUAACCAUUUUGAUCAGUUUUGGAGCGCUGCUAAAACAAAAGGUUUUGAGGUUUAUAUUGCUGAAAUAACUGCUGACACCCACACAUGUGCAAAGAGAAAUGCCCACGGACGCUCACAUAAGAACAUAACCAAGAUAUCCAACAACUGGGAGUCCACGCCACGUCACAUGGUCCGCUUGGAUGUCCGAUCCCUGCUACAGGAUGCUGCUAUAGAGGAGGUGGAAAUGGAGGACUUUAAUCCUGAGGAUGAGCCAAAAGAAGCCAAGAGAGAGGAGGAAGAAGAGGGUGACCUGGGCUACAUUCCAAAAAGCAAAUGGGAGAUGGACACAUCAGAGGCAAAACUCGACAAGCUGGAUGGUCUGAGGAGCAGCGGGAAGAGGAAGCGUGAAAGCGAGCACAUGGCAGGCAUGGGGGACUAUCUUCAACUACCAGAUGACUAUGCCACCCGCAAGUCUCAGCCAGGAAAGAAAAGGGUGCGAUGGGCUGACCUAGAAGAGCAAAAGGACGCCGAUCGAAAACGUGCUAUCGGCUUUGUGGUGGGCCAAACGGACUGGGACAAAAUUACAGACGACAGUGGCGUGCUUGCACAGAAAGCGCUCAACCGCACAAAGUAUUUCUAAGAAGAUCAUCUUAACCACUUGUCUUUGUUUUGUUUGAAGGUGUCCAGAAUAUGAAAAAUAAGACUUGGUCAGUCAAGUCUUUAUUUUCAUUGAUGAGGAUUGCAAAUUAUUUUUAAGUCUACUUCUGGUCUAUUAAUUUUUUGUCAUGAUUUUAUACUUUCAUCUGUAUUGUUGUUUGUUGACCCAUAUAGACUGUAAGAAAACAAUAAAAUUUCACACACUUCGAAUAAA